GAGAAAAUGCUUUCCUUUCAGACAACCAUACGCCCCCCGACAGUUCCGGUGAUAUAGCUGUCUCUUUCCUCAUUCCAGAUCUCUUUUUAAUCGACGGUUCUUAUUUAUCCACGUGUCAUUCGGAUCUCAACCCGCUAUUAAAUCUUCCUUUUUCUCUUUCUCUGCCAUUUCUUCUCCAUUCUCAUACACACACACACACAGGGAAUCUAGAGAGAGAGUGAAACGGCUCGCCGUUUUCUUCUUUCAAUCUGACGACUUCGUCCGUAGUCCAUUUUUGUCGGCGUAGUUAGCAGAUCCGGCGACGUUAAAAGUCAACGUGGUGAGGUGUUAGAUCGGUUUACAAUAAGGGCUUACGGUUCAAUCUAACGGUCGAGAUGGCGCCGAGCACGAUCCGGAAAGCGAUUGGGACCGUUAAGGAUCAAACCAGCAUUGGCAUAGCCAAGGUAGCGAGUAACAUGGCACCGGAGCUGGAGGUGGCGAUAGUUAAGGCGACGAGCCACGACGAUGACCCAGCGAACGAUAAAUACACAAGGGAGAUCUUGAACUUGACAUCUUAUUCUCGUGGUUACGUGCACGCUUGCGUGGCGGCAGUGUCGAAGCGGCUCGGGAAGACAAGGGACUGGAUUGUGGCGCUCAAGGCUCUGAUGCUGAUCCAUAGGCUCUUAAACGAGGGAGAUCCGCUGUUUCAAGAAGAGAUUUUGUAUGCUACGAGGAGAGGAACGAGACUUUUGAACAUGUCCGAUUUUAGAGAUGAGGCGCACUCCAGUUCCUGGGAUCAAUCUGCGUUUGUCAGGACCUAUGCUAUGUAUUUAGAUCAGCGACUUGAAUUGAUGCUAUUUGAACGGAAAGGCGGCAGUGCCGGCGGCAGUUCUCAUGGUGAUAUUGAGAGAUAUGGAGCCAGAGGUGAUUUCAGAUCACCGCCACCGAGACCAUACGAGUAUAAUGACUAUGGGGACUAUAGGGGUGAAAGUGGGCAUGGAGGUUAUGGAAUGACUAGGAGGACGAGGUCUUUUGGAGACAUGAGUGAAGCCGUGGGGAGAGAUGGGCGAGAAGAGAGAAAAGCGGUGACUCCAUUGAGGGAAAUGAAGCCUGAGAGAAUUUUUGGCAAGAUGGCUCAUUUGCAAAGGUUGUUGGACAGGUUCUUGUCGUGUCGGCCCACAGGAUUAGCCAAGAACAGCAGGAUGAUACUGAUUGCGGUGUACCCAAUUGUGAGAGAGAGUUUUCAGUUGUAUGCGGACAUGUGUGAGGUUUUGGCCGUCUUGCUGGACAAAUUCUUUGACAUGGAGUACCCCGAUUGUGUUAAGGCUUUUGAAGCUUAUGCUAGCUCCGCUAAGCAGAUUGACGAGCUGAUUGCUUUUUACAAUUGGUGCAAGGAUACUGGCGUGGCUCGAUCGUCAGAGUAUCCAGAUGUGCAGAAGAUCACAAGCAAGUUAUUGGAAACGUUGGAGGAGUUUGUGAGGGAUAGGGCGAAACGGCCCAAGAGUCCUGAGAGAAAAGAGGAGGCUCCUCCUCAGCCUCAGGAGGAAGAGCCUGUACCCGAUAUGAAUGAAAUUAAGGCACUGCCUCCUCCGGAGAAUUACACUCCUCCUCCCCCUCCUCAGCCAGAGCCUAAGCCUCAGCAACCACAGGUCACUGAAGAUUUGGUGAAUUUAAGGGAUGAUGGUGUUACUGCAGAUGAUCAAGGGAAUAGAUUGGCUUUGGCUUUGUUUGCCGGACCACCUGCUAAUAAUGGAAAUGGAUCAUGGGAAGCAUUCCCAUCUAAUGGAGAGACUCAGGUAACCUCAGCUUGGCAGAACCCAGCUGCUGAACCGGACAAAGCAGAUUGGGAAUUGGCUUUGGUUGAAUCGGCUAGCAAUUUGUCAAAGCAAAAGGCGACGUUGGGUGGUGGGUUUGAUCCAUUGUUGUUAAACGGCAUGUAUGAUCAAGGAAUGGUGAGGCAAUAUACUAACACUGCACAAUUGAGCGGAGGUAGUUCCAGCAGUGUGGCAUUGCCAGGGCCAGGGAAGAGUGCAACACCUGUUCUGGCUCUUCCAGCUCCAGAUGGAACAGUUCAUACGGUUAAUCAGGAUCCUUUUGCUGCUUCUUUGAGCGUUCCACCUCCCUCAUAUGUGCAAAUGGCUGAUAUGGAGAAGAAACAACAUUUGCUUGUCCAGGAGCAGCUAGUGUGGCAGCAAUAUUCGAAGGAUGGGAUGCGAGGUGAAUCUAGCUUGACCAAGAUCAACGGCACUGGAUAUUACACUGCAGCACCAGGGCCUAUGCCAAUGAUGCCUUAUGGAAUGCCACCAGUGAACGGAAUGGGCCCUCCGGCUGGGUAUUACUACACUCCUCACUGAUUCUUUAUUCUGUUUAUCCAUAGACGAAUUCUCGUUGUUCAUGUUAUGUUUUAUCUUUCUAGUUUUUCCUUUUUAACCCUUUUAAAAGGUUUUGAUGUUAUUCCUGCUAUUUGUGCAAAGAUGGGCUUGGGAGGGAGGAGAGACUGAAUUCGAUACACUAGUGAUUGUGGGGAAUUUGAUGUUUGGGGAACCUGUAAUUGGAAUCUUGGCAUCUCUUUGUGCUUUUGUAAUAUUAGCACUUUCUUUGACA